AUUUCUCAAUUGAUAUUCAAUACAAAACGUUGCAGAAUGAUUUUAAUGCAUGGAACUGUUGCUUUCGUCGGUUUGCUGAACCUUAUCGUUGUGGGUGUUGCUAUAGUGUAUAUAGUUUAUUUCGGUGGAAAACAUUAUUUAUCCUUGUUGAAAAAGUGGCAAAAGAAUGAAGAAGCUGAAGAAGAUGCUGAUGAUUUUGAAAAUGCCACCGAUGGACAAGAAAUCCCGGAAUCUAAUCGAUAAAUACUUUGGAAUGUAAAGCACGUGGUAUUUGAUAACUCGUUAAUUUUAUGAUUUAUCGGUAUAAAAAAGCUAAAAAUCGAAC